GACGCCAACCCAAGCAUCCAAUGCAGUUGAAAGUUCAUGAGCUUUUGUAUGUAGCGCAUUUCCCAGUUUGUUCUCAUUGUCACAGCCGCGCGAAGAGCAAGAAGGGCGCCAGGGUUUUGCGGGGGCAGAUUUUCCAGAUCCCAGCUCUCCAGCGAGCUAGAUUUCGCUCGCCUCUCUCGUCGGCCAUGGCAUCCGUCAAGGAGUGGGGGAAUCAGCCGCUGAGCGCUGUGGACGAGGAGAUUUUCGACCUGAUCGAGCAUGAGAAGGCGCGGCAGUGGAAGGGGAUCGAGCUCAUCGCGUCGGAGAACUUCACGUCGCAGGCGGUGAUCGAGGCGCUGGGCAGCGCGCUCACCAACAAGUACUCGGAAGGUAUACCCGGCAAUCGCUACUACGGCGGCAACGAGUUCAUCGACCAGAUCGAGAAUCUGUGCCGAUCCAGGGCGCUGCAGGCUUAUCGCCUCGAUCCGGAGAGGUGGGGUGUGAAUGUCCAGCCCUACUCUGGAAGCCCGGCGAAUUUCGCCGCCUACACUGCUGUUCUUGAGCCGCAUAGCCGGAUUAUGGGCUUGGAUCUCCCAUCCGGUGGCCAUCUCACCCACGGCUACUACACAUCUGGGGGUAAGAAGAUCUCGGCCACAUCGAUCUACUUCGAGAGCUUGCCAUACAAAGUGGAUCCCAAGACCGGCUACAUUGACUACGACCGGCUCGAGGAGAAAGCUAUGGAUUUCCGGCCCAAGCUUAUCAUCUGCGGCGGUAGCGCGUAUCCAAGGGACUGGGACUAUGCCAGGCUUCGCGCUAUUGCGGACAAAUGUGGAGCUCUACUUCUCUGUGACAUGGCUCACAUUAGCGGGCUCGUGGCUGCCGAGGAGGCAAAGAGUCCGUUCGAGCACUGCGACAUUGUGACGACGACCACGCACAAGAGCCUGAGAGGACCAAGAGCCGGCAUGAUCUUUUACCGAAAGGGCCCCAAGCCUCCCAAGAAGGGCCAGACAACGGAAGAAAACUACGACUUCGAGGACAAGGUCAACUUUGCUGUGUUUCCAUCGCUCCAGGGAGGACCGCACAACCAUCAGAUCGCUGCUCUGGCCGUGGCACUGAAGCAAGUCAAUACACCCGAGUUUAAGGUGUACGCGAAGCAAAUCCGGGCCAAUGCAGCGGCUCUCGGGGACGCGCUCAUGAAGAAGGGAUACAAGAUAGUAACUGACGGCACCGAGAACCAUCUCAUCCUCUGGGACUUGCGUCCGCUCGCUCUAACUGGAAACAAGGUCGAGAAGGUGUGCGAGCUCGCUCACAUAACACUUAACAAGAACGCGGUGUUUGGAGAUAGCAGUGCUCUUGCGCCUGGAGGCGUCCGUGUUGGAGCGCCGGCCAUGACCGCAAGAGGUCUCAAGGAGAAAGACUUCGAGCAAAUCGCCGAGUUCCUGGGACGGGCGAUUGACAUCACGCUCGCCAUCCAGAAACAACACGGUAAGAUGCUGCGUGACUUCAACAAGGGACUGGUGGACAACAAGGAGCUCGCAAAUCUCAAGGCCGAGGUGGAAAAAUUCGCCACCUCUUUUGACAUGCCCGGCUUCGACGUGACGAGCAUGAAGUACCACUGACACUGUGAUCGAUUCGCUCGAUUCCAUGUGGCUUUUUGUUUUCCAAGAAAAAUUAUUUUUGUUUCGUUUGAUCGAAGCAAAGUUCGUUCUCAUUUUCUCUACAAUGGAAAAAGGUGGCCAA